AGAGAGGUUGUAAACAAACUUAUAGCAGCAUCUGUAUGUAAUGUUUUUAUAACAAAAAUCUGUUUCUCACAGCCAAAGCAGAAAACAAAGAACCACAUGAAACAGAAAUAAGAUGAAGCAAACAGGUGUGGGUUCAUCAGAAAGGUGUGGGCCCCGAAGUUGGAGCCACUGACACCUGUGGCUGUGGGAAGGGCUAUUAAAUCCACCAGUGAUGGGCAGAUGAAAUCCACACGGUCACGUUGGUGUAGAGGCCUAACUUCAUGUUCAUGAAUGUGACCGCAGCUCUGAGCUCUUUGUACUGAAACUCUGAGUCAUGUUUUUACUUUUGUUUUCACAUUUGGGGAAUCCCCGCUCAGUUUUUACUUUCAUUUGGUGUCUGUCCAGGUACUUUCAUACCAUACAGCUUGUUUAGUCAGCCAAUCAGAGACCUGCAGCAUGGUGGCGUGCCACGACUAAAGGUCUAUCCUGUCCUAUUCUAUUCUAUUCCACAGGCUGCACAGGGUCAGAGUGGACGUUUUGGAGCAGGAAGCACCUGAAGGACAACGUUAAAGACAGUCGAACUUCCUCUGAGGAGAUGGACAGAAACGAGGAACUGGACAAAUUGUUUCAGAGGUUACGCGUAUUUAAACACUACAGAGCAGACAGACUGAGCAGCUGUGAUGAAAGGCAAAGACUGACAAAGCUGGCAAUGAGAAGCUGCACAGAUGAAGUCGUCCGGCAGUGGCUGAGAAAAAACUCAGAAACUGACACCUUCAGCAAACUCACAGACAUGUUUGACUUCCUGAAGAAACACAUUGAUGAGGAGGAGAAGAAGAACCACAGUGAUGAUGUUCACAUCAGCUUUGUGGCUCAUAGUUCAAUCAGAGACUUCAUGAUCCCAGCCAGCUGUUACCUGCCUCUGCCCACCAUCAUUGACGUGCUGCUGUAUUCUCCCUGGAACUGCGUCAGUUCUGGUUUAGCAUACAGUGUUGCUACAGGAAAACUGAGGCCUCAGCACAGAGUUUUUUACUGUAGGAAAGAAAAAGGCUGUACGAUUCCUGAUGACAAACAUCGACCUGUGAACCUGCCAGAUCACUGGAACUCACUCAAGAAAGCUGGAGCACAGAUGGUCCCAAACAUCACGGUUAGCCCCCUUUCACCAGAUGAUGAUGAUGAUGGAGUAUGGAAAGACUUUGAGUCUCUCUCAGCUGAACACGGCCCACCAGGAAGGAACCGCAUCGUCAUCCCGUUCAUCCUCCCAGGACGGGAAUAUGAAAGCAUCCCGUUCUCUGUGGUGACCUUGGCUCUGUCCCUGGUGCUCCUCUCCUCCAGGUUUAAAGCCACUCUUCACUUCUCUGGUUGUCUCGGUGAUCAGUCUACUGGACAGAAAUUUGACAGGAAGUAUCUUCAGGAGCAGUACGCCUGCACCAUAGACAAGAGUGGAAUGAAAUGUUCACCUGAAGCUUUUAGAUGAUGAUAAAUGCUGCUUGUGUUAGAC